AUGGCCACCGACCGUGUCACCUCCGUCGACCUCACCGGCCUCAAGAAGAUCGGCCAGGGCAAGGUCCGCGAUGUCUUCGAGGUCGAUGACAAGACUCUGCUCUUUGUCGCUUCCGACCGCGUAUCGGCCUUUGAUGUCGUCAUGAAGAACGGUAUCCCCGACAAGGGCGCCAUUCUCACCCACGCUUCCGCCCACUGGUUCAAGGUCCUCUCGGACCGAGUCCCCGGCCUCAAGACCCACUUCAUCACCCUCGACCCCCCGGCCGGCCUGCCCGCCGCCGAUGCCGCCCUCAUCAAGAACCGCGCCAUGCAGGUCCGUCGCCUCAAGGUCGUUCCCCUGGAAGCCAUCGUCCGCGGCUACAUCACCGGCUCGGCCUGGAACGAGUACAAGGCCAAGGGCACCGUCCACGGCAUCAAGGUGCCGGCCGGCAUGCAGCAGUCCCAGGCCUUUGAGACGCCCCUCUACACGCCCAGCACAAAGGCCGAGCAGGGUGAGCACGACGAGAACAUCCACCCGGACGAGGCCGUCAAGCUCGUCGGCGAGAAGUACGCCAAGCGCGUCGAGGCGCUGUCCCUCCAGCUGUACAGCGCCGCGCGGGACUACGCCAAGGACCGCGGCAUCAUCCUGGCCGACACAAAGUUCGAGUUCGGCGUCGACCCCGACACGGACGAGAUCGUGCUGGUGGACGAGGUCCUGACCCCCGACAGCAGCCGGUACUGGCCCGCCGACAAGUACGAGGUCGGCCGCGACCAGGAGAGCUUCGACAAGCAGUUCAUCCGCAACUGGCUGAUAGAGCAGGGCCUCAAGGGCAAGGAAGGCGUCACCCUGCCCGAGGAGGUGUGCAAGGCCACGGCGGAGAAGUACAAGGAUGUGUUUUUGAAGCUGGUGGGUAAGAGCUUUGACGAAGUCGUUGCGCAGUCGUAA